AUGUCGCUCAGCACUAAUCAGCUUCGAGACGAAGCCGUCCGGGACAGGAUCAGACAUGCGACCGAGUUCCUCGACCCCACCGACGAUGAAGCCCGAUCCUACCGUGCAGAUAUUGUGUUGAUGCUGAACCGCGGUCUGCGACGACUUGUGGUCAGCAUUGAUGAUAUCCGAGCCCAUUCACGAGAACUAGCAGAUGGCAUUCUGUUCCAACCGUUCGACUAUUCCCUUGCCUUUGACGCCGCUCUCAAAAACAUCAUUGCGACGAUACCCAACCGCGCGGCGUUCGAACACGAUGAAGACCGACUUUACUAUGUCGCAUACUCAGGCUCAUUUGGAGAAAAUACCUGCAACCCAAGAACAUUAGGAAGCUCGCUCUUGAACCGGAUGGUCUGUCUCGAGGGUAUUGUGACCAAAUGCAGUCUCGUCAGGCCAAAGGUUGUCAAGAGCGUGCACUGGAAUGAAAAGAAAGGUACAUUCAUGUUCAGGGAAUACAGAGAUCAGACUAUGAGUGCCAACGCCCCGGCGAGUCUGAGCGUAUAUCCGCAGGAAGACCGAGAGGGAAAUCCGUUGGUUACCGAGUACGGCUAUUGUACCUACCGGGAUCACCAGACGAUCAGCAUCCAAGAAAUGCCGGAAAGAGCACCGGCAGGGCAACUUCCCCGUAGUGUCGAUGUCCUCAUGGAUGAUGACAUGGUCGAUCGUGUUAAGCCUGGCGACCGCAUUCAGCUGGUCGGUAUUUUCAGGUCCCUCGGUAACAGAAAUGCUGGCUCCGGGUCAUCCAUCUUCAGGACGCUGAUAUUGGCCAACAAUGCUGUACUCUUGUCUUCUAAAGCUGGGGGCGGUAUUGCUCAAGCCACCAUCACGGAUCAGGAUGUGAGGAACAUCAACAAAAUGUCAAGGAAGACGGAAGUCUUCGACCUGUUGUCCCAGAGUCUGGCACCCAGUAUCUAUGGCCACGACUACAUCAAGAAGGCAAUCUUGCUUAUGCUGCUGGGCGGCAUGGAGAAGAAUCUGCCGAACGGGACCCACUUACGAGGUGACAUCAACAUCCUCAUGGUGGGUGAUCCGUCGACCGCGAAAUCGCAGCUCCUAAGGUUUGUGCUUAACACGGCCCCCCUGGCAAUUGCUACGACGGGUCGUGGCUCCUCUGGAGUCGGUCUCACAGCCGCCGUUACGUCCGACAAAGAGACGGGUGAAAGAAGACUUGAAGCCGGUGCCAUGGUGUUGGGUGACCGUGGAGUGGUCUGUAUUGAUGAGUUCGACAAGAUGAGCGACGUUGAUCGUGUGGCCAUCCACGAAGUCAUGGAACAGCAGACCGUCACUAUUGCAAAAGCCGGUAUUCAUACCUCUCUCAAUGCCAGAUGCAGUGUCAUCGCUGCAGCAAACCCGAUCUUUGGGCAAUACGACAGCAACAAGGAUCCACACAAGAACAUCGCAUUGCCGGACUCUCUUCUCUCCCGUUUCGAUCUGUUAUUCAUUGUCACCGAUGAUGUCAACGACACGAGAGAUCGAGACAUAUCCGAGCACGUCCUGCGAAUGCAUCAGUAUCGUCCCCCUGGGACUGAAGAAGGCGCGCCCAUCCGAGAUCAAGCCAACCAGAUGCUUGGGGUUGGUGUCCAAGAGGACCAGAAUGUUGACCGGGGAACAUCGACAGUCUACGAGAAAUACAAUGUUGUCUUGCAUGCCGGAUUUUCCUUUCAGAGGAGCAGCAAAAGAGGUCGCAAGAAGCAAGAACACCCCGUCAGCAUGGCUUUUCUGAAGAAAUACAUUCAGUACGCAAAGAGCAGAUGCAAGCCCGUCCUGACAAAAGAAGCAAGCGACUACGUCGUCAACGCGUACGCAAGCCUUCGAAAUGACGAGAUGAAGGCCAAUGAACGCCGAACCAGCCCCAUGACUGCCAGAACGCUGGAAACGCUGAUCCGUCUAUCAACCGCUCACGCCAAGGCUCGACUAUCAAGUAGAGUCGAGGAGGACGACGCCAUUGCGGCCGAGGAGAUUCUCAAAUUUGCUCUUUUCAGAGUCGUCCCAACGAAGGCGGGCAGAGGGAACAAGAGACGCAAGACCGAAGACGCCAAUCUGGACAGCUCGGACGAAGAAGACGAAUCUGACAGCGACGACAGCAAUGGCGGUGAUGCACCAUAUCGAGGCACGAAGCCAUCCGGAAGCCGUGCGACGAAGCCCGCGACGAGGAGUCAGCGCUCGGCUCGCUCGAACGCCACUCCUAACGGCGCACCGAACGGGACGAGGACCAACGGCAACGCGAAUGCAGCCGACACAGGUGACGUUUCAGACGAUGAUGACGACGAUAUCCAGCCCAGCUCAUCCCGGCGCUCCCGCCAGACUGGCGCAGAGUCUCAAAUGUCUCGCAUGAGCAUUGCCAGCUCGAUACCCAGUUCCCAACUCCCCUCCACACAGGCAGACUCGCAGUCCCAGUCGCGCAGAACACAGUCCCAAUCUCAGUCGCAGACCGGGCCGGAAGAUUCUGGACCUACUAUUUCCCAACCCCGGCUGGCCACUUUCCGCGCGGCGCUAGGUCGACUUACUCACACGACCUUAUUCCACAACGACAUGGCGACGGUGACAGACGUGACUUCGGCUGUCAACCAUCGCGUGUCGGAGAGCAACGGGCAGGAAUUUACAGCCGAUGAAGUUACAGCCGCGCUGAGGGCCAUGAAUGAGGCCAACCAGAUCAUGUUCUUGGAGGACAAUGGUGAGGUUUAUACUUUGUAG